ACCUGUGAGUUGAACGACAGAGGAGUUCUCCUUACUGGGAAAGGAAACGAAUUGGAAUACGACGAAGAAGCAAUUUACACUCAAUUUUACGACACGAAGGUAACAAAAAAAUCUCGAUAAAAGACCAAGAAGAAGGUGUUAUUGACUCCUCGAGACACUUGUCUUUCAUUUGUGGUAUCUUUCUCAUAAAAUCGUCAUAUUUCGACGACAGAUGUGAAAACUUUCCAUCUGUCAUAUUUUUCUUUGAAUGUUUUUAUCGUUUGGUCCUAAAGUAGUUUGACGUGUAUGCGGGUAAAAUGGUGAUUUUUCAUCUUCUUCCUUUAGAGGCGAAUAGACUACAUUUCAUUGAGUGCUGAUAAUCAAAAUGGUCUAUGGUCAUUCAAAGUAAAAUAAGCAAUUUUUCCAGAUAACUGGUAAUUUAAAUCUCAGUAUCAUUGGAUUCAAUGUAUGCAAACUGCUCCGAAGCUCAAUAAAGUUAAAUAUUUUUUAAGUUGAAAGUUCUUAAAUAAAUUGAGGUGGACCGAAAGUAGGUCAUACGGAUUUAGUACACAAAAUUCAGUAUAAAAUUUAGCUUGAAGCUAAAACUUUCAAGAUGUAUCUAAAGGCCUUCAAUUAGCUCACUUGUGCAGUCUCCAUUCGGUGACGAACCCGGAAGACUAAGUGAUCUUCCGAUAAAAUAAAAAAUGAUUGAUUUUUUGUUUUCAGUACCACUGUCAGGCCUUCAAGGAAGAUCUAAAAGUCGUCAACUGCAAAUGUAAGUAGCGUUGGUUUGAAGGGUAUCCUUGAGAUUAAAGUCAACGACUUCGUGGUUAAAUUACAAUGAGUUACUUGUCCCAGCUGCUUCUUGUCUCUCCGCCAAUAGGUGCGGAGUCUGCCGUCCUCGCGAACCUUCGCGGACCCUCACAAACAUUCCCGAACCUGCUUGAAACAUUUCGAUUCUUACAUUUUCCUUAAAAGUCCUCGAAUGUUGUCAAAAAAAUUGCUAAGGAAAAUGUUGCCUAGUUUACUUCUAAAUUAAAGUAAAAAUCAAGGCUUUAAUUCCCAUGAGUGACCAAGACAGAAUUUCUCCUUACAAUAACCAUACAAUAUCAAUCAGACAGGUGAUGAGAAUAAUGAAGAAUAUAAGUUUGAGGAUUUUCUAGUUGAUCCAGUACCAAAUUCUCAGAACUAGCAUCAUAAGAGUUGUAUAGCAGACAGUAAGGAGAAUUACUAAUGAGAUUUUGGGCACUAAAGGGUAAAGGAAACAAGAACCUACUGAAGAGGCCGAGGACACUCACUGCGUUAUUCACAAUUUCAAAUGCCGAUGUGCCUACCAAAUACACCGCGAAAACAUGAUAGCGUUUAGUCAUCAAUGGGAAGCAAUUUAAACAAAUCCAGAAAAUAGACAAGGCAAACUUCAGGGAUCCAAAAACGAUUGGAUACUCCAAAGGUGCCGCGAAUUUUCAUUUGUAGUAGAGCUUCGACCAUCACUUGUAAGUCGGAGAGAUUUAACUCACGUGAAAGUUUUUAUCGUUAUCAAAUUUUUUUAUCAUAAUGCUUGAGAUAAAGUGGGAGGGUGAGACUGCACUUACUUUUACAUUUCUAUUCAAACGUUUUCAAAAUCCUCCUUUUAUUUCUAUUCAACCGUUCUCAAAAUCCUCCUUUGUUCUAUGAUAAACAAAUCAAUGUCCGUGCGAUUGCAUUUGUCUGUCUCAAUUUCAGGUGCGGAAUCACCAAAAGCCCCAGUUCCCCUCGGCAUGGAAAGCGGUGCUAUUUUUGACUCACAGAUCACCGCUUCUUCCGUGUAUAAUGAUAACCUUGCCGCACGGAAUGCUAGAUUACAUUUUAAAGGAUCCGAAAACCCGCUUAGACGUGCUGGCUGGGUACCUGGAGUGAAAAACACCAACCAAUGGCUGCAAGUGGAUCUUCAGCAAACCACAAGGGUAAUAGGCAUAGCGACGCAGGGGAGACAUGAUUUCGAUCAGUGGGUUACUAAAUACAAGCUGCAAUAUGGCGAUGAUGGACAAACUUUCAGAGUUUACAAGCGGAACGGAGACAUAUCAGACACGGUAUGAAAAAAUAUGCUUAAUUGAAAAAACCUUUUUGCGGAGAAAAAUUCCCCCAUGAGGAAUAGAACCUUUUUGUAUUCUGCAUUCUAAUUUUCUUCCACUGAGCCACAAAGCAGUUACACUAGGCUGGGCCAUAUACUCUCUGUCAUUGAACCAACAGAAAAGCAUUCACGAAAGUUAUAGGUUAAGAGUAACUCGUACUGUAAAAACGUACGUGCGUACUUACGCUCGUUAAUUUUACGCCCAAAUAUAUUCUACUCAGGUUUUUCCAGGAAACAAGGACAGAGACACAGUAGUUUACCACGAUCUUAACCCGCUCAUUUAUGUUCGCUUUGUUCGAGUUCUUCCGAUGGAAUGGAAAGGGACGAUCGCUAUGAGGAUUGAGCUUUAUUCUUGUUAAGGUAACCUACUAGGGUCCAGUUGUGUAGCAAUGGGCCGAGAUUUUUUUUAAAAACGUAUUCUGGGAGACGGAAGGUGUGCGUUGGGUAAGGGUGAGCUGUAAUGGACUGACAUUACAUUUAACCCUUUAUCUCCCAAGAUCUUCAUCCUAAUUCUCCCGUCUAGCUGCUACACAUUCCUUGCAAAUCAGGUACAAGAAUUAGGUGUUGGAUCAGGAUAACAACUUUUACCUGAUAAGCGUGAAUAUUCUCAUCACCUGUUUGCAAGAUAUAUCUAUGGAUAUUUUAGGAAAAAGUUUCAUUUUAGUCACUUAUGGGAGUUAAAGGUUAAGAGCGCUAGCAGUGCUCAGAAACCAAAGCGAGCCCCGGUUUAAGGCCAGUUGCCCUUUGAGUUUUACACAUGUUUGUAAUUUGUCAUCGAUAGAGCUCACGCACUUCACAUAACAUCCCCAACACCUAUAUCUUUUUUAACCCUAAGCAAAAUACAUUAUUUGUUUUUGAUAGAAAACCAAUUUGUUUAAAAGUGAAAGAGUCACAACUGAAGGGAAGAAUUCACCUUUUCGGCGUUAAAUUGCACUUGUAGUGUCACGUGACCUCUGAUGUAAACAAACCGCGAAAGUUUAGACUUUAAGUCAACCACCCACGGCUCGAGUCCGAACUUCGGCUUCGGCAUUUUGUCGUGAAUAGUUUCCCUUUGUCGCGCCAUGGAAUGAAAAACACUGUGAUGUAUCUUCUCAGGUAUUUUCAGGGCGUUGAGCGCGUUGAUUGUUAAAUGAAACUACGUCUGAUAGGAGAUUAUUGCCCACGAAUCGCUGUAGAACGUGAUCAAGCCUGGAUUCCCACACAGAAUCUCGUUUCAUAUCGUAUUGCGUGGAAUGUUUUAUGUAACGCAAAGGGGAAAUCCUGCCAAAUCCAGUUCAGUCUUCAAGAGUAGUUGUAGCUUAGAAUAGCAGAUCACAAAAUUUGAGACGGGUUCAACGCUAUGAAUGGGGUAGAAACUAAAAAUAUCUGCAAAAACGGGGCAUUUCAGUCGGCAGAUAUUUCACAACUUUUUGUGUGGAAAUCGCCUCCACAGUCGAAAAAAAAGGGUUCUAUAAGUGUGUCCAAAUUUCGAAAAAGGCGGCGCCACUACUUCAGGCAAAUCAAUAAUUCAUGAUAUGUUUAUUUGCAAUCUAGUUUUUUUGAAGACUGUGAACAAUUUUAACGCUUCCCGGCCGUUUGGAUCGUAGGAUAUUUUUAAUCAUUUGAUUUACUACUCCACCGCGUCAGGCAUGGACUCGCCGCUUGUAAAUCAUUUGAAGAUUAUCGCCUAUUCGAUGAUCGUUGAUUACGUAUUGUAAGCAUCAGAAGUCUCGUGACACUACACGUGAAAUCUAACGCCGAAAAGGUGAAUUAUCAUUCAGACCCUGGAAGGCAGAGGAAUCGAAAAAAACGACCAGAAAUUAUCUUUUACAUGCUUGUUAAUGCUGUUUUUGUUUCCUUAUUUUUCAUAUAGAAUAACAGCUGUUUGCGAGAAACAUCACUGCAAUUCAAUCCCUUCCACGGCUAAUCCAAAAUGAUUUUUGUUUGUGGAUUACAAAGUAUAACAGCAGCUUGAUUCGCUGACUAAUUAAUUACUGAUCGUUUUAGCUUAAUAGUCGUUAUAAUUCGUAAUGUGAGGGAUUUGCACCAAUGGCAGCACAUUAGGACGCACCUGUUUAAACGAACGAGCGAACGUUUUUUUUUGGAGACUCGUGUUCGAUCAACCUCAGUGCCUAACGAGAACCGAUGGUG